AUGGAUACGACUAUCAUGGAUUUUCUAACAAUUGUCAAGAACUAUUUGAAUGCGAUUGAAAAGGGUGAUGAACUGGACCAAUUCUACGCUAUUCACGUAGAACAGACGGAAUAUCCUAAUCGUCUAGUGCCAAAUGGUAUCACUCGAGAUUUGACGGCGUUAAAAGAAGCGAGUUUGAAAGGGCAGAAAGUGUUGACCAGUCAAACGUACGAUAUUCAACGAUCAUACGUGAGCGGAAAUACAGUAAUUAUUGAAGCCAUAUGGACGGGAACACUGGCUGUGCCUGUAGGACAAAUACCGAUUGGUGGACAAAUGAAAGCGUGGUUUGCUCAGUUUUAUGAGUUCGAUGAAGUAGGGAAAAUUGUGCGACAAAGAAAUUACGACUGCUUCGAACCAUUUUGA